AUGGUCGGCCUCGGUGCCGGCUUUGGCUGGGCCGUCACCGGCCGCCUGCUGAUCGGCCUCUACUUCGGCGUGGUGGAGGGCCCGGCGCGCGCGUUCGUCGGCGAGGUGACCUGUCGCACGGUGCGCGGCGCCGUCGGCAACGUGCUGAACACGGUGACGCCGGUGACGGUGGUGCUGGUGCUUGGGCGUUGCGGCCUGCUCUUCCUGCCGCAGUCGCCCAAGUGGCUGCUGGCGCACGGCCACCCGAGUGAGGAGGCCGAGCGCUCCGUGCGCUUCUACCUCGGCGACGGCGCCGACGUCAAGCAGGAGGUGAAGAACAUCGAGGAGUCGCUGUCCCGCUCCGGGCACGCGGCCAGCCUGCUGACGCGCCUGUCGCACGUCUUCCGCCGCUGGGAGAACCUGCACCCGACGCUGCUGCUUCUGCUGCAGUUCUUCUGCCUGGUGUUCAGCGGCGCGAUUGGUGUGGUGCAGUUCGGGCCGGCCAUCUUCCGCUCCACCGGCGGGGACAUCAACCCCUACCACAGCUCCAUGUACAUCUCGGCGGCCAUGGCGCUGUCGAUGCUGAUUUCUGGCUCGCUGCUCGAGCGCUGCAACCGCCGAGUUCUGCUGCAGGUGUCCGGCCUGCUCGGCAUGGUCGGAUGUACAGCCAUGGGCGCCUUCUUCCUGCUGGGCCAGUACCCGUGGCUGGUGGCACUGGCCACCUUCUGGCUUCCUGAGACGCGCGGCCUCUCGCUCGAGGAGAUUCAGAGGAGAUUCUUCUCGGCGGCCCCACCGCCGGCGGGCGCAGUGGACGCGGCGGAGAAGGCCGAGAGGUCGCCGCCGCCAGCGUGCUACUACCACCACCGCUACUACUACUACUAUUGCUACUUCUACUACUUCUACAAUUACUGCUACUUCUACUACUUCUACUACUACUACUACUACUACUACCAUCACCACUUCUAA